CGUGCCGGAAAAGGGCUCCCCAGGAGCGGAGUGAUGUAGCUGGGGAAGAAGGCAAUCUGGGCUGGGGCAGAAACCAGGCUGAGAACUAGCAUCGCUUUGGGGUCCAGCGCUGGAGCUCUGUCAGGGACUGUCUUUCCUGUGGCACUGAAGAUAAUGAAAGACCUUAAAACGCACUUAUGGGGAAGAACAAAGGAAUCGAUAGGAGUUGGCCAGACGUCAGCCCAAUGGGAGUUUUACUGAAAGCGGCCAUCUUGGUGUUCAUCUUGCCGGUAACGUAUUCCACAUCCGAGAGAGUAUUGGGACAAUGCAAGGUCACGCAGUCCUGGGCUGAUACGAGAAGACAGGACUCUGCUGCAACCACCAUGAAGAAACCCCAAGUCCAGCUCCACCACUCAGAGAUGGUGUUCAGGCUGUUUAACACCUCACUGGACUUUGGACACGCAAAGCGUUUCUGCUCAGCACACUUUGGCACCCUGCCCACGGAGGGGCGCCGGGACAUGAUGGACGGCGUCUUGCAGCUGCUGAGAGCUGCUGAGCUGAGAGUGACGGUGUGGGCCAUCGACCCCAGUACAAGCGGCAGGGACACGCUGGUUCCGUCCGAGCAGCGUGUGACUGUACAGGCUCUGAGCUUCCCCCUGGAGUCUGCGCAGGCCCACGCUCAACUGCGGGUCCCAUUCCCAGCACUGGGGGAGGUGAGCGUGUGCGUGAGGCUUCAGUGGGACCAGCGGCACACGGCAUUGGCCACGGUCUUCUCCUAUGCGGCUCCGGUCUUUACCAAUGAGCUGCUGCUGCGUGGUCGACCGGACAGUACCGGCCGAGUUCUGCUGGCCCUCAUCGUCCAAGGGAAGCACGGACCUUUCCGGGCCUCCUUCGCCAACGAUGGGGCCUGGCAUCACGUUUGCGUGGCAUGGCGCAGGGCUGACAGCCUGUGGGCUGUGCAUGUGGACGGCGAGAGGGGCGACGCAGACAAGGCUGGUGACGUGCCGCGGGAUGUGCCCCGCGAUCUCCACGGCGCUGGCAUCUUCGUGCUCGGCCAGGACCAGGACUCAUUUGGCGGGAACUUCAGCGAGCCCUUCGUGGGGAACUUGACAGAGCUGAGCGUGUGGAAUGUGGCACUGGAGGAGUGGCAGGUGCAGGCGUUGAACGCCUGUGGCACGAUUGGUCACGCGUCGCUCUUCACCUGGGACGUCGCCAACGUGAUCGUGCACCCUGACGUAAGCCAGGUCCAGGCUAGCGUACUGUGCCCAGGCCGGAUAUCCAGCCAGACUCCAGGUUGCCGAGUCCUAGACGGCCGCUCGCCCAAGGAGACCCCGCAUUUCACCACUGUCCCUUGCUUGCAGACACUGCCCUUCGUCUGUGUGACCAGCCAAGAGCGGAUGCAGAAGAUCAAAGAGCUGAGGGACUCCCGUGAGGGGGGGCCCAGCCCCUUCCUGUCCCAGCUGAUGCGGCUGUCCAACCAAAGCCUGGCGGGGGAGGGGUUAUUUCCCGACGAGACACGCCUUGGCUGGGAGCAGAGCUCCAGGGUGCUGGACGUUUCCCAGAAGGCACUGCAGGAAAGCCCGGGGGGGCUGGAGCCCUUCGACAUGCUUUCGCUGAUCCAGCUGUUACGCCGCACAGCUGACGUCGUCAAUGGGGGCAACCAAAGCCGGAAGGAAGCGGCCGCUUUCAGCCGUAGCUUCCUGGCUGUGGCUGACAGGAUGAUUGACCAAGAAAACGUGCCUGGCUGGGAGGCUGUCAAGGAGGUUGUGAGUGGACCCAUGGCAGUGGUCAGAAGCAUUGAUCACUUGGUGACUAACCUCGAGAGCCUGCUAGUGGACGAGGAUGAUGACCUUCUCAUUAACGGUGACAACAUCAAGCUGGAGGUCCAGCAGAGGAGCCUGGAAACAGACACAAGCAAUCGUGACUUCUGCAGGCCAGCUGCAGAGAACAAGUCCCGCCUGGAUUGCAUCGAGGUCCCAUCCCAGAUUAUGAAGACGCUACACAGCAAUGGUUUCCAGAAGAUCACCCUGAUGAACACCUGGUACGGCUCACUUCAUCCAUUUUUCACUAGAGAUGGGAACACCAGCCUUUUUCCGGUUGAAGGCAACAUCAACCUCCUUCCUGCUGUUAGCGACGGUACUCAGAAGUACAUUGGUGCAGUCCUGGGCUCCUCUGUCAUCUCCAGCAUGGUGCUGGGUCAGGGCCGGCGAAUCAGCACCGCCGUACGUUUCCACCUGCAGCACAGGCACCAGAAUCUCCCAGGGACAGAAUAUGAUCCCGUAUGUGCAUUCUGGGAUUUUAAUCUCAUGCCUGAAGCCGGUGGUGGCUGGUCCACCAGAGGCUGCCAUGUCAUACACACGUGGCCUGACUCUACUUCCUGUUACUGCAACCACACCACCAACUUCGCUCUGUUGCUGCAGGUCUACGAGGUCCAGAGGAGCCCAGAGAGUGAAAUUUCAAUGCAGAUGCUGACUUUCAUUGGCUGUGGAGUGUCACUGUGUUGCCUGACCUUCACCUUCAUCCUCUUCAUCGUUGUGGGGGUACCCAAAUCAGACCGUACCACUGUUCACAAGAAUCUGAUUGCAGCUCUGGGCAUUGCAGAGCUCUUGUUGAUGUGCAGUGACACAGCCACCGGCAAUCAGGAGUUGUGUCUGGUAGUGACAGCCCUGUUGCACCUCUUCUUCACGGCCUCCUUCACCUGGAUGCUUGUCGAAGGCUUGUUGCUAUGGAGCAAGGUGGUUUCAGUGAACAUCAGCGAGGACAGAAGGAUGAAGCUGUACUACGCCAUCGGCUGGGGGUGUCCUGUUAUUGUCGUCGGGCUGACCUUGGCAGUGUCCUUUGGGAAGUAUAAAGCAGAUGACCGCUGCUGGCUCAACGUGCAGCACAACACCAUCUGGGCCUUUGCAGGACCAGUUCUCUUCAUACUAUCUGUUAAUGCCGUGGUACUGUGGCGGGUUGUCGUGGUGACCAUUUCUAGCGCUCGACGCCGGGCCAAGAUGCUUACGCCCAGCUCUCUCUCCCGGUUGCACGCCCUUGGCCUCGUUUGGGCUGCCACCCGCCCUGUCCUGAUCCUGCUCCCCGUGCUGGGCCUGACCUGGAUCUGCGGGAUCCUGGUGCACCUGUCUGUGGUUCUUGCCUACCUGUUUAUUGCCCUCAAUGCUUUCCAGGGUCUGUACAUAUUCCUGGUGUACGCAAUUUACAACAGCGAGGUGAGGACUGCCAUCACGAGAAUUCAGGAAAAGAGAAAGGCAUUGUCUUUUACAAACUGCUCCCAGCCCAUUGGCUUCCUACCCUCCCAGAGGACUCCAAACACUUCCUGGGCCUGCGGUGCAUGUGCCGUGUCCAGCCCCGAGACCAGUGAUACUUCAGGGCAAGGAGGUGUACCCACUUCCGGGUCGGUGGUCAUCCAGAAUGAGAGUUUCAUGAAGGAACACAUGGUGAGCUUUUCCUUGCGACCAGCUACGGCAGACCAGGUGGUUCAAUUGACAGCGUUCAAGCCUUCAGGUUGUUGAGCGACCAGAGCAUGGACAGCACUCAUGGUGACCGCGGCGGGCGAGGACGCAUUCACAGGACCAGGCGGGAAGAGGUGGCUCUCUGAAACCCAAAGCCCCGCAGAAUGAGGACAUUCCAACAACCCUUCGGUUUCAUACCUCGCUUGCUGCUACUGUCAUCAUAUAGACAAGCUCUUCACGUUCCUGGAGGAACAGUCUAACCCACUUGUUCAUUAUAAAUAACCAUUUAUUUAGGGUUAGGGUCCCGGAAGGCGCUGGAUGAUCUUUUAGUGGGACAACCUGUCUGAGGAUGCUUAGAGUCACUAGUUACCCUGAGGAGUAACCAGUUUCCCUGAACACAGUGUUUUUUAACUGGGUAGAACACCAGAGAACCAGUAUGUAGCCCACGCUAACAUGGGGGAUGACACGCUAACAGGGGGCUACACGCUAACUUCAUGACAGGGCUGGGGACACCUAGACGUGCAAAGGACCACCACACCGGUGGUAAGUUAACAAAUGAAAGCAACUAAUUUGGUAUGCAUGUGCCAAGCUAGCAUAUGACAUCGCCUGAUCUCCUGAAAUGGCGUUAAAGACUUUUUAUCUGGGGAGAAACACCAGCUUUUAUGGAGGGCCUGGGAACAUAGCCUAGACCAAUCCUCAAGAUCUUCAUCUUGUACAGCCUGCCAUGUCUGUUUUCUUCUCUGUUUUCUUAAAGUAGAUUUUGGUGAACAGGACUCAUUGGCUAAAAUACGCAAAUGCUGCUUUGUUCUAUGAGCAACCAUGGUUUGAUGUUGUCAUUGUGCAAUAUGAGCAAACACCCCCAACCCGCCACGACUGGAAGUGUGGUGGGCAUGUGAUGUCAGCUGUCCGUAGCUCUCAAUCCUAACCUGAAACUUUCCCCAAAUUCAUUGUGACUGUUACAGUUUAUGGUGCACUAGUGGUAUUGAUAACCUUAGUUCUCCCUGCAAGAGUUGUCUGUAGGUCAUGGGUGCUAGAUGCUGGUGUCUGAGAGCUUUAAGUCUUCUGUUUUUUAGUUGGUAUUAGUAGGUAUCGUCGCUGAGAUUGAUGCCUUUUGUCUCUUUCCAUGUUGAAUCUUGACCUGCUUUGGACCAAGAAGCUUCAGAUCAAAUUUUUAUUCAAACCCAUAUCAGGGUUUGUCACUUAAAGGAAUCUGAGACUGCUGUAUGUUUGUUUAUUUUCAUAGAAAUAAAACCUGUUUGUACACUCAACUGACA